UGUACGCAGAGUAAGGGAGAGCGAGGCCGAGCCGCGGCCGCCGCCGCCAUGUGGCCCCCAGACCCGGAGCCCGACCCAGACCGCGAGCCCGCCGGCCGCUCCCAGCCCCACGCGGCCCUUCCCGGGCUCCGCGCCCUCCUGCCGGCGCGCGCCUUCCUCUGUUCGCUCAAAGGCCGCCUCCUGCUGGCGGAGACGGGUCUCUCGUUCAUCACCUUCGUCUGCUAUGUAGCGUCCUCAGCAUCCGCCUUCCUCACGGCGCCCCUGCUGGAGUUCCUGCUGGCCCUCUGCUUCCUCUUUGCUGAUGCCAUGCAGCUGAACGACAAGUGGCAGGGCUUGUGCUGGCCCAUGAUGGACUUCCUACGCUGUGUCACAGCGGCCCUCAUCUACUUCGCCAUCUCCAUCACAGCUGUGGCCAAAUACUCGGACGGAGCUUCCAAAGCAGCCGGAGUGUUUGGCUUCUUUGCCACCAUCGUGUUUGCAAUUGACUUCUACCUGAUCUUUAACGAUGUGGCCAAAUUCCUCAAACAAGGGGACUCCGCAGAUGAGACCGCAGCUGACAAGGCAGAAGAAGAGAAUUCCGACUCUGACUCCGACUGAAGACCCGACCUGCCCUGGCAGCCUGAGCCACGCAGGCCUCCGCUCCUGCACCUCCUGACCAUGCUGGCCGGAGUGUGGCCAGGGGACCGUGCAUGUUGGGAGGGAGGCUGUGACUUCUCGCACAGCAGCGGGAGUUGCUGACGGAACAGGCCUCCUCACAGCCCCAGGGUGACGUUCCUGAGCCUGGCAUACAUGAUGACACCCCUUGGCUUAGCACUCUCCAGCCUUUCUUUUCGUAAGGGCAUCGUUCCGCCUCUUCUCAUUUCUGUCCCACAGACCUUAAGCCCUUGAACCUCUGACAAAAAUAAGCACAAAGCAGAUAGAGCCUUGUUAUACCAUUGCAGGAAGCACUUUGGGCUGUGGUGAGUGCGGGGGAAAGACAAGACAGAAACCGGCGGAGGGCCAUCCCUGGGCCCCAGCGGCUUCUGUCUGCAUCUGGUGCCCCUGCUCACGGCAGGCACUUUGUCGAGAACGACGCUUCCAAGAUUCUUUUGUUCAAGGAGCAACAGUUCCCUCUUCAUUCUUUUUUUUUUUUUUUUUUUU